AUGGCGCCACAUGACUCUGCUUCCAGAGAUACAGGCGUCAGGAAGACGGCAUGGAGACGCUCUAAACGACUCCUCUUCGAUUUGAUUAUUUUGCUCAUAGUGCCUAUUGGUGGUUAUAUCUCUGCUUUAUCAUUGUGUGCCCUACUUUCUGGGGUUGGGACAGACGUUUGUGGAAUGGACCUCGACAGACGGCUGCCAAAACCACAUCGUCAUUUCGAGUCCUUAAUGUUGGAGAUCAAGCCAUGUGAUAUGAUGGCACGAUUGCGAUCUUCCUUUGUGAACAAGUAA